GCCUCCCAAAUUUUUAGCUUAAAAGAAAGCUGAGCUAGACUCGUUAAACCACACUCAAACUCAAGAGAGAAAAAAACCAGAGUUUCAGUUUCGGACAUUUCUAUACUGAAGAAAAAGAAUACUAAGCUCAAUCUCAGCUAAGCUUGAGAUUAUAGCUUGAAGAUUUUGAAUUUGGUGUACAAUAGGAAGCAAGAGCUAUUCUUCCUCUUCAUUUUAGAGAUAGAGGAAUCAAUAUACAACAUGGGUUCACUGACUGAGAUUGCACCAGAGGAAACUUCCAACAAGCCCCCAGGAAUUAAGUUUGUGGAGUACAUAAAAAAGUCCUCAGUUUCCUUUAAAACCCACCAAGUAAUUGUUCUGAUUGUGACAUUUUUGGCAUACGCAAGCUACCAUGCUGCCAGGAAAACCACAAGUGUUGUGAAGAGUUCCCUCGAUCCCCAAUCACCAGAUUUGGGCUUGAAGUUUGCACCGUGGACGAUAACAUAUCUUCAAUCUCCACCAGAGACCAGAAAGCUUUCCUGGGUUCCUGAAGAUGGCUGGGCACCGUUCAGUGGAACAGGUGGAACGGCGCUUCUUGGUGAACUCGACGUUGCGUUCCUUGCAGUUUAUGCCAUGGGAAUGUAUUUUUCUGGUCAUCUUGGGGAUAGAUUGGAUUUAAGGAUCUUUUUAACUGUGGGAAUGAUAGGAACAGGUGUGUUCACUUCCCUAUUUGGUCUUGGCUACUGGGGAAACAUCCAUAGCUUUUACUACUUCCUUAUAGUUCAAAUGGCUGCUGGUCUAUUCCAAUCAACUGGAUGGCCUUCAGUAGUUGCAGUAGUUGGUAAAUGGUUUGGGAAGAAGAAGAGAGGCCUUAUAAUGGGAAUAUGGAAUGCUCACACAUCUAUUGGAAACAUCACUGGUUCUUUGCUAGCUUCUGUUUUAUUGAGCUACGGAUGGGGCUGGUCCUUUGUUGCGCCUGGUCUGUUGAUAACGUUUUUUGGUUUGGUUGUUUUCUUCUUCUUACCGGUGAGUCCUGAGGCAGUAGGAGCUGAAGAAAAUGAAGAUGAACCAGAGUCGCCAAAGAAAAUUGGGAAAGCACUGGAGGUACCAUUGUUGAGAUCAGAGAAAGUGGGGAAGGACAAACCUGUUGGAUUCAUAGAAGCUUGGAAAAUUCCAGGAGUUGCACCUUUUGCUCUUUGCCUCUUCUUUGCCAAAUUGGUCGCUUACACAUUUCUCUACUGGCUUCCUUUCUACAUUAGCCACACAGCUAUAGAUGGCAAGUACUUAUCCAAUGAGACUGCUGGAAACUUGUCUACAUUGUUCGAUGUUGGGGGUGUGGUAGGAGGAAUCCUAGCCGGUCACAUUUCUGAUCGCCUUAAUGCAAGAGCAAUAACAGCAGCGAGUUUCAUGUAUUGCGCCAUUCCUGCUCUCUUCUUCUAUAGAAGCUAUGGACAUGUGUCAUUAACUCUAAACAUUUUCUUUAUGUUCAUAACGGGAAUGUUUGUGAAUGGGCCAUACGCUCUCAUAACAACAGCGGUAUCAGCUGACCUCGGUACACAUAGCUCAUUGAAAGGGAAUUCACGAGCCCUUGCAACUGUAACAGCAAUCAUAGAUGGAACAGGCUCGGUUGGGGCUGCAAUUGGACCAUUGUUAACUGGCUACAUCUCUACUAGGAGUUGGAGCUUAGUUUUCACAAUGCUGAUGGGAGCAGCCCUGAUUGCAGGAUUGUUUCUUACUAGGCUUGUUGUGUGUGAGGUGACUGAAAAAAUUGAAGAGUCAAGAUCGCAAGGAGGGUCCCCCGCGACCAGAUCUUCUUCUCCAAUUGAUGAGGUUUGAUCUAGUGAAUAGCGCGAUUAGUUUAUGUAUGAGCAACUGUAAUUAUGUGACCUCUUGUGAUCGAUUCCUUGUAAAAUGAAAAGAUGAUAAAGAUCAUUAGCAAUGUACAUGGAGAAGAUUUUUUAGGCUUCUUCUUGAGUUCACUUCUGCUAUUGAGGGAAAAAAAAAUCAGUGGAAGAGUGACAAAAGGGUGUGUGGGGUGGAUAGAGUUAUGUGUUUGUAGUUACCUGCAUGUACAGUUUUGAUGAAUGUUAUACUAAAUUAUGUGUCAGAUUCAAAACCAAUAAAAAAAAAUUCAUCUAUUCAUGAUCA